AUGUUCUUCUUUUGUAUCCUAGCUACUUUCUCCCAGAUAUUUCUCUUUUUGCCUGACUCUCCAUAUGAUCAAACUCAAUUGGUCUCAUUUAAGAUUCGACUUCUACCGUGUAUCAUUUCCUUCACAAGCUGCCCGUGGCUCAAAUACACAAUUUGUUGUCCUCAGGCCACAAACCAAUUCUACUGUCAUAACUCUAUCAGAACUUGCCCUCAUUGCCGGUCACUUUAUUUUGAGUUGCAGAAUUAUUACUCUAAUGAAGAAAGAGCUUUGAAUGCGAAUCAAGAAAAUUUAAUGUCUUUGGGUGAUCAAAUUGGAUUAUUUUUUGGCUUAGAUUUAAAGUUUAUUAGGCACCAUUUCAAAGAUUUUUUUCUAACUUUGUCUUUCCACGAUACAAAUGGAGACUCUUCAACUGUCGAUCUCAUGUUCCCUCUAUAG